CAAACAACCACGCUAAUGUCCCCUGUGCCUCUGUUCCAAGGCUCCCAGCUCGAGGGUGGGAUCUGCAAACAUCCCACAAUUCCUGACAAGGAAGUGCUGCUAUUGCCGGCCAAUCACGUGACUAUGGCAAAAGGAACGGGACUGGUCCACACGGCGCCAGCUCACGGCAUGGAGGAUUACAGUGUGGCUUCUCAGUUUAAACUCUCCGUGGAGUGCAUGGUGGAUGAGGACGGGAAGUUCACUGAACUGGCCGGCCCUGAGCUACAGAAUCUGUCUGUGAUGACAGAAGGCACUGACAAAGUGAUCUCCAUGCUGACGGACAGGGGCGCCCUGGUGAAGGAGGAGCAGUGCGUCCACAGCUACCCGUAUGACUGGAGGACGAAGCAGCCCAUCGUCAUCAGGCCCAGUAAACAGUGGUUCAUCAACACGGCAUCGCUUAAAGACAAGGCCAAGGAAGCAUUGCAGAAGGUGCGUGUUUUGCCAGAGUCGGCGAGGGGCAGCCUGCUGACCAUGCUGGACAGACGGACGUACUGGUGCAUCUCCAGACAGCGGAGCUGGGGCGUCCCGAUCCCAGUCUUCUACCACAGAGAGACCGGAGAGGCUCUCGUCAACAAGGACACCGUGUCCCAUAUAGCAAAGCUCUUCAAAGAGAAGGGCAGUGACUGUUGGUGGGAGCUUCCUAUUGAGACUUUGCUGCCAGAAAAUGUGCUCCAGAAAAGUAAAGCAGGUCCAGUGACUGACUACGUUCGUGGAGAAGACGUCUUAGACAUCUGGUUUGACAGCGGAGCUUCAUGGGCUGCUGUACUAGAAGGUACGUCUGAACUGUCCUGCUGUGCACAUCGUACCAAGUAGUAAUAGACUGGAGCUCAUUUUCUGGAAGUCAGCAUCCGUGAAAUACUGUCAAUUCUAAUGAUUCAAGUUUGACAUUCCUUUAUUUAUAAUGGUGAGAAGAUGUUGAUUGUUGAAA